GGGAACUGUCGCACGCAGGACGAUUGAACGCUAGUUGGUAGCAUCGUUUUUUUGUCGAAAAUGGAACGAAAAGUAGCUCGAGAAUUUAGGCACAAGGUGGAGCUGCUCAUUGACAAUGAGGCAGAAAAGGAUUACCUGUACGAUGUCCUGCGGAUGUACCACCAAUCCAUGGAGUUGUCAGUGUUGGUGGGGGACCUGAAACUGGUCAUCAACGAGCCCAGCCGCCUGCCGCUGUUUGAUGCCAUCCGGCCCCUCAUUCCCCUCAAACACCAGGUGGAGUACGACCUGCACACCCCUAAGAGGUCACGUAAGCUAAAGGAGGUGCGUCUGGAUCGUACUCAUCCUGAGGGGCUGGGGCUGAGCGUAAGAGGGGGCCUGGAGUUUGGCUGUGGACUCUUCAUCUCACAGAUCGUCAAAGAUGGACAGGCUGGAAACAGUGGCCUGCAGAUGGGAGAUGAGAUUGUACGCAUCAAUGGAUACUCCAUUUCUUCCUGUGUCCACGAGGAAGUCAUCAACCUCAUCAAGACCAAGAAGACCGUGUCGCUCAAAGUCAGGCAGGUUGGAAUGAUACCAGUGAAGAGUUCCACAGAGGAGCCUCUGAAGUGGCAGUUUGUGGACCAGUUUGUGUCUGAGUCUGGGAAAAGCAGUGUGGCAGGCCUGGCGUCCAUUGGAGGCAAGGAGAUCAGGGAGAAGAAGGUGUUCCUGAGCUUGGUGGGCACCAAGGGCAUGGGCAUCAGCAUCUCCAGUGGCCCCACACAGCAGCCUGGUAUCUACGUCAGUAACGUCAAACCUGGCUCCCUCGCUGCUGAAGUAGGACUACAGAUUGGUGACCAGAUCGUCGAGGUGAACAGGGUGGAAUUCACUAAUCUGGACCACAAAGAGGCUGUCAGAGUUCUGAAGAGCAGCAGGAGUCUAACCAUCACAGUUCUUUCUGGUGCUGGCAGUGAGUUGUUUAUGACAGGCGAGGAGCGUCUGGCGGUGGAGGCUCGCAGGGAGCUGGACAGACAAGAGCUGAUGCAACAGAAGAGGGUUGCCCUAGAGACCAACAAGAUCAUUAAGGAGCAGCAGGAGAAGGAGAGACAGAGAAAGAUGGAGAUUUCUCAGAAGACUGCUGAGGAAGAGGAACGCUACCAGAAGAAGAUGGAGAAGAUCGAGGCUACGGAGAGGAAGCACAAUGGGGACUGGGAGGAGGACUGGGCCCCUGGAGAACAAACCAAACCCAAGAGUCCCUCCCCGGCCCUGCACGAAAUCAACACCCCACCCCCCGAGUACAAGAGCUCUGACUAUGGAGCCAGCUCUUUUCAGGCUGAUGACAACGAUGAAGGGGAAGAGGAGGAGGAAGAGGAGGAAGAAGAAGGGCUUUCGGGUUGGUUUUAUCACUAUGAAGGGAAGCUGCCCACACUCCGCAAGAAAGUAGAGAAGAAGAAGAAGGUGUCCAACAUUGACACCUUGCAGGAACAGAGGAAGAACAAGAAAGAGAUGGAGUUUGAGCUGAAGCUGGCUGCAGAGAAGGAGGAAAUGUAUGAACGAGAGAAACAGCUGAAGAUCAGUAGACUGGUGCAGGAGGUGUCAGAGACUCAGCGAGAGGAUCUGGAGGAAGGUGAGCACUGGGUGGAACGUCUCUGUCAGACACGGCUGGAGCAAAUUUCCUGUGUAGAGAACGAGUCCCCAGAGGUGUCCCCUCCUUGCUCUCCUGCCUCUGGGCCUAUGGUGAGGCGUUUCUACGGGGGUCUCCAGCUGGCCACCACUGACCUGGAUGAUUUCAACUUGGAUGAGGUGGACGAGAGUCGGAAAGGGCCCCUGAAGAGACUGGCCCCCACCCAGUCUUCUUCCUCCCAGCCCCCACCACCCCUACCUCUCCCUCCACUUUCCCCCAGACUCAACCCCACCAUCCUCAACUUCUCUCCCCCCUCACCACGACCAUCCCCCCAACUACCCUCCUCCUCCUCCCACUACCCCCCUCCCUCACAGUCCUACAUGAACCCCUCCUCCCCCUGGCCCACCCCUCAACCUCCCCCUCCUCCACCCCCCCGCACCCUGAGGAGAGGCUGGGGGGAGGGUCCCAUGGAUGGUACCACCACCAUCACCCCUCCAGUCCUCCAGAGACAAGGAGCGAGUGGGAACGGGCCGCCGGAGAUGCUGAAACGGAUGGUGACGUAUAACACCUCCUUUAGGUUCAACUUUCAGAAAUAUGUGGAAGACUUUGAUCCCCUCUCCAUGUUCUCCUCGGAGCAGAUAGCUGGACGAGACGUGAAACUGCUGAGAAUCAAAAAGGUUGGACCACUUGAUCUGGCCGUGGAGGGGGGUGUAGACUCCCCUCUGGGAAAGCUAGUGGUAUCUGCCAUUUAUGAUGGAAGCUCAGUAGACAAACAUGGUGGGAUAGUACCAGGAGAUGAGGUGAUGGCUGUGAAUGGGAAGGUCCUGACUGACUCCUCACUGACAGAAGGAGAGAACGCUCUGAACUUGGCCUGGAACAGUGGAGGGGAUUGGAUUGAGCUGGUGAUAGCAGUGUCACCUCCAAAAGAAUACGAAGAUGAGGUGACGUUCUUCUGAGUCACUUCGUCACCCAGCCUGUCAAACAAGCCAUACCCACCAACCACCCGUCUCAUUAUCUCUGACAUACUUCUAUCGUCACAAUCAAAUCCCUGCAUCAAACUGUUUCAAAUGCAAUGCUGAUCAUUACUGAAAACAAGUCUGUUGAACCAGGACCACGCUGUGAUGUGCUACCUGUAUACUGUCUGUGAACUUCAUCCUCUGUUGAGUUUUAUUUAGAUCCCAGUACAGAUACUUCUGAUAUAUAUAAUAAUAUGGAUCUGGGGUACAUAAUCCCCAGAGCUAUAUAUGUAGAGAGUUGAGACAUUGAGGUUACUGCAUUAUUAUGUAUUUACAUGACACUACAAAAUUCUAUUGCAGCCAUGUUAGCUCCCCAUUUAAAUAUGGGCAAUAUUUAAACGAUGCUGUGCAACUGAAUGUCUACAAUUACACAUUCUAAAAUAUUCUAAAAUGUGGCCCAACUCUCUAAAUACAUGGCUCUGGUAACCCCCCUUCUUCUCAUAUUAGUACACCACAGCAAAGGAAGUGUAUCUUAUUGAGUUUUGAGUCAAUCCAGUGGUGAAAAAAGGAACUCCGAAGAGCCCGAGUGUCAACAGGCCUGUAUUGUUCUUUCCCAAGUGGAGCUGGUAAUACUGACAGUCUAAUUAAAUGCUUAGUGCAUCUCAAUGAGCUUCUAGUAUGCCAUAGAUCAAAGCAUGAGCUGCCAAACACCCAAACAUGUUAGUAGUGGUGUUGACUAAUGGCAGGUAAACUGUAGGCUAUAAACAAAUUAAUACAGAGAGGCACACACUACAAAUAAGCACCCAGUCAUUUAUUGUGUUAACCACCAAUGUUUCGGCAUCACAGUGCCCGUGGUUUAGCCAGUAAAUUACUUUAAGCUUAUACUGUGUAUAUAUGGAGUUAUUUGAUUUUUUAUAGCCUUCUAGUAUGCCAUAACAAGCCCUUGGCUCUCGUUGAAAUAACACCCCUAAGUCCCCAAUUAAAGGUGUUUGAUAUUAUCAUUCAGUUACAAUGGGUAAUCAGAAGCAGACCCCGAGGCCCAGCAGGUAGGCAGGCACACUGUGAUGUAAUCAAUGUCCCUCCUCUGAAAUCAACGCCCUCAGAAUCAA